ACCAUCACAUUCUCUCUUUCAUCGUUCUAACUUCAACUAGCUAGGGUUAGUACAGAAGAUAGUUAUGCAAAAUGCAGAGGUGUGCGCAGUGCGCAGCAGUGGGGUAAAAAAAUAUCUGGAAAAAUAGCGUUUUUGUCAUACGCAUGGCGGGGUCAGCGUUGUAGCAUUCCACACUCUCCUCCUGAGUUAAUUUGUCUCUUUUAUUUGUCUCCUUCAUAUCUCUGUCUUCAAGUCACGUGAAUGUCUUUAGAUUAGGUUAGGCUGUAAUCUGUUCCCUAUAAAUGAGUUUUAUUUACUAAAGCUUGUAAGUUGUAAUGCUCAGAACCUUUUGGCCUUGUGUUUCUUCUCUCUAUCUUUUCUCCCAACCCUUUCUUCUAACUUUAUUAGUGGACAAAAGGUAGGCCGUUGCAGUAUCCAUACCUCUCUCUCUCUCUCUCUCUCUCUACACUCAUCCAAUGACACCAACUUAUCAGUAUGAGGUAUCUUCUAUGCCUUUUGAUCUUAAUUAUGAAGAUCACAGUCACCAGCUCUUCAAUACAAACCAUGAUCAAGCCUCUUCUUCAUUAUCAUGUUCUACGCUCUACAACCCGGAUCAAGAUCAAGAAGCUAGAUCUUACUACAUGGAACCACAGCCCUUACAAAGUGAUCAUCAAGAGGCAGAGAAGGCUGUUCCUUCUAGCGGAUCAUGGGAUCAUCCAGCAGUUGAAAAGGAUGAAAACUACAGAAGUGACCUCAAGCUGAGUACUGUCCGGAAGAAAUUAGAAAAUGGGAAUGAAAAUCUUCAAGGUGAUCAUCAUCAGGAGGAUAGUUCAGCAAAGUGGAUGCCUUUAAAGAUAAGAAUGAAGCGGAGACUGAUGGUAUCGGAUCAAACGAGUUCUGAUCACGCCAUAGCAGGAAUCCAAAGCACUGAUGAGCAUAAGCAAGAAAAUCAAAAGCUACCAUUACCACAACAUCUAAGAAGUACUGACAAUAGCAGCUGCAACAUUCCUUCAAACAACAACAGUAAUAUCCCUGCUGUUAGGGUUUGUGCUGAUUGCAACACCACCAAGACCCCUCUCUGGAGGGGUGGACCAAGAGGUCCCAAGACACUUUGCAACGCCUGUGGGAUUCGACAAAGGAAAGCGAGACGUGCCCUUGCCGCCGCUUCUACUGCUGCUGCAAAUGGCGCCCCUCUCAUGGCGGCAGCUGAUCAGAAACCUCAUGUGAAGAGAAAUCACAAGUUGCAAAUCAAAGGGAAGAAGUCCAAAACUGAGUUGAAAAAGAAGCCUAACCUUGGAGGGGGAGGUACAAAGAAGCUUGGUUCCGAGGAAUUGACAAUAAGCUUGAGUAAGAGCUUGGCUUUGCCACAGGAUGAGAAGGAUGCUGCAAUCUUGCUCAUGGCUUUGUCUCAUGGCCUGCUUCAUGGCUUCCCCUCACAUCGUUACUUAGAUUUAUAAAAAUUCUGUCAUAAUUAGAAUUUUGAUUGACAAAUUAAUAAUUUUAAUUAUGACAAUAAUAUUAUUUUUU